GUACGUCAACGUGGUCUUCAACUCGCGCGAGGAAAUGGACGUCCUCGACCCUCACGACGAAGACUACGAGGAGAAACUGCGAGUGAGGCAGGAGGAAGAGAAGAAUCGAGUGGAGGAGGUCCGCGUGCCUGGCGAGCGCCUUGAGAACGCCCCUCUGCCGCCUCCGCCGCCCAAUACCGCUUCAGGCUACGGCAUCGUGGGCCUCACGCGCAACGAGCGCGUGCGACGGCGUCUCCGAGCACUUCGCAACUGUCUGAACGUGGCCUUGGGGAGACUCACGAAGGAUGGAUCUUUGGUGGUCCUCUGGCCUGGGCUACCAGUGCACCCAGUCCUCUUCUUCAUUGCAGGCACACUGCGGAAGCUCUUCCAGCGAGUUCACAUCUUCAGCCCGGAAGGUGCGAAGACCUGGGAUGUGUACAUUCUGGCCGCCGGCUUCGUCCGAGACCGUGCGGAUUCGAAGGUUCCGGGCAUAGGUGGCCUGGAGCUUCGAAGCUUCUUCGACAGUACGUGGAGGCUGGAUGCCUUGGAUGACGUCUUGCUGUGGACCUUGCCCCCGGACCAGGAGGAUGAGGAGACCUCUGUGGGCAUCACAGGUAAGGGCAUCGUGGCUGCGUAUACACUGCUUUGGAAGACCUGGGCGGGGAAGCUCAGCUCCUUGGCGUUGGAUCUCGGCAUGCUCCUAUCGCAGGAGGAUGCGGACGCGAUCAUCUCACCGGUGGCCAAGAAAGGGCCCAAGAAGAAGAAGCCUGCGCCCAAGGCGAAGAAGGCACCGGCCAAG